AAAUUUUUGUUUUAUAAAAUAAGUUGUUCAACAUAUAAAUAACUAAAAUCUGCAAUAAAAACAAAUUAAAAUUAACCUAGAAAAAAAUUACAUCUUCACAUAUAAAAGUUAUAAAUAAACCCCCCCAAAAGUAUGCUACAUAAACCCACAACCUUAAAAAAAAUAAAACAAAAAAGUUGUUGCCAUAAAUAACUAAAUUAUUAAUAAUAAAAAAAUACAACAUACUUUUUAUUCUACAAAUCCUGGGGAUUAACUAUAUAUAAUUUAAAAAAUAAUAAAAUUUUGUUGCCUACUUUUAGGCAAAUUAUUUAAAAAAAACAAUACCAAGGUGUACGUUAAUAUUUUGCCUAAAAAGAAAAGUGUACGUGCGUGUUUUAUUAUGUUGGCUUUUCGACAUAUAUACAUUUUUCUUCAACUGUUGUAAAAUUUUAUUGACGGAAAUGUUAAAUUGAUUUGUUUAUAUUUUGUUGGUUUAUUUCUCUCAUCCUGCAACAAUAAUUCCUUUUUUGUGCUGUCAUAAAACACCAGCAAACAAAUCAAAGAAAAAAUACCCAACAAAAGUAGAAAACUAAAAAUCAGGAAAAUGACAAAAUCUAUAACUAUAGCAAAAUGCAUACCGCAAUACGAGUACAGGCAAAAGACCACCUGCAUCUUGCUAGACAUAAAUUUUAUUUAAGAUAAAACUUUGGCAAAAAGCAUACAAAAACAACAAGAAACAAGUGAAAUAUUUGUACAUUUCUUCUUUUAGUAUGUCGUUCGUUUAAACAUAUUUUUCGUUAUUUUCUACAUGCGGUGAAUAAAACAACAACAAUUGUUAUAUUUUGUAUUAUAAAAUUUAAGAAUUACUACUACAACAGGGACAAUUUGCUCAAAAAAGGAACAAAAAUACUAAAAAAGAAGAAAAAAAAUCAAAGAAUAAAGAAAAGUAUAAAUUUCACAACAUUGUAACCGGAAAUAGCAAGAAGUUAUAAAGACAAAAAACCAAAGUUGUGCUUGCUGUUGCUGAUUUUUCAUUUAAACUUUGCAAUUGUUUUCUUCUGGUGGAGUCUGAAACAUUACCAAACACCACCAUACAGACAACGAACGGAAACACAAUUGGAAAAAAUGUGUUCAAAAACACAAUUUUGUUUUUUAAAUUUACGCACAUAUUUAAUAUAUUUAUGCUGUUAUUUACUCAUCAUGGUAGCAGCUGGUUCCCGGGUGGUCAAUGGUUUAAAAUGUUACUGUAAUCCAAAGGAAUGUGAUGUUAUACGUGAGUUGGAUUGUCCGGGCAAAGGUUUAAUGCUGUGGGAUCCAUGCAAAUGCUGUCGUAUAUGCGCCAAAACAUUAGGUGAAACUUGCGGCGGACCAGGUGAUUUUUCGGGACAAUGUGAACCUCCUCUUAAAUGUGUAACAAAAUUACCCAUAUCAAGUGGUUUAGGAGUUUGUAUGGGUAAGUUAACAUUAUACAUUUUUAAUAUUUACGUACUUCUCCCUUCAACACCAUUUUACCCUGAAAUUUUUUGCCAAUAUAAAAAUUCAUGGUUAUUUGCCAGUGCAUUGCAGGUAUCAUUUCCGGAUAAUCUUUAGCAUUUAUGGUAUAAUUGUGAACAUAAUAUCGUCGAUUCUAAAAAUUAUUAUAUAUAUGAGAAAAUGUUUAAGUACAGUUUUAAUUACUCACAGCUAAUACUGGACAUUUUUUGGGUAUAUUACUAGUUCUCAUAAGCUCUCUCAUGGUCACUUUAAUGGCAGUUAUUUUCAGAUAUGCCAAUUCCAAAGCUUUACAGCCAUCAAAGUCAUAUUUCAUUAAAUUCAUAUUCCGGUUAUCUUUUUUGAUCACAUCAAAUCGUAAUUUAACACUGAAUUCCGUAACAUUUUUAGUCAAUGCGAACUCCACCCAUAACUGAUUGCUGGAUGGUACAUAACUAUUGAUUUCGCUUACCAAAUCUUUGUUGACUAUAUCGAAUUUAAAUUCUUCCACAGCAAUAAAGUUUUUAUCAUGUUGCUUAAGAAAAUUAAAUAUUUUUUACAAAAUCUUAUAUACUGCUGUUUUUAUAUUUUAUUUUUACUAACCUUAUUGUUUGCCUUUACUGUACAAAUAAAAUAUGUUAUGAAAAUUAU